AUGAGUUGUUUAAAAGAGAGGAAGUCUAUUCAGAAUAACAGCUCGGUGAUUGCACUGUCACCAAUUUUGAACAAUGACGGUUUGAUGAGCGUUGGAGGAAGAUUAGGAAAGUCCAACCUCCCUCUUAUUGAAAAACACCCGGUAUUGAUACCAGGGAAAAGUCAUGUUGCAAAGCUAAUUGUUCUCCAUUACUACGCCAAAGUAUGUCACCAAGGUAGACACUUCACCGAAGAUGCCAUAAGAGACGCCGGUUACUGGGUAACAGGCUGCAAAAGGCUAGUGUCGUCUGUCAUACACAAAUGUGUCAUUUGUCGUAAACUAAGAGGCAAGCUGAGUUUUCAGCGUAUGGCAAACCUUCCAGAAGAACGACUAACACCAGGACCUCCAUUUAGCCAAGUUGGUGUAGACUGCUUCGGUCCCUGGCAAGUUUCCGCUAGGAGAACUAGAGGUAGUGUUGCACAAAGCAAGCGCUGGGGAGUGUUAUUCACUUGCCUGUCUUCAAGGGCUAUCCACAUUGAAGUCGUAGAAGAACUCAGCACAUCAUCCUUCAUAAACGGACUCCGCCAAUUCAUUGCUAUUAGAGGCAAAGUUAAGGUGUUAUGGUCAGAUCAAGGAACUAAUAUCGUUGGGCCGAUCAACGAUGAACACCUGCAGACAUACUUACUGAAGAAUGGUGCAGAAUGGAAACUCAAUCCUCCACAUGCCCCUCCCAUAUGA